AUGAUGCACCCGGCACGACAAGCGUAUGUCGAGGAGACUGAGGAUACAGACAUGGGCAUCAGCUAUGCCGAUCUUCCAAUUGACCAAGACUAUGAAAUGCCCUCCUCCGCAGCGGGCAUCCCCACUGAGCGCGCCUCCGCUAUUUUGUCGCAAUUCGAACGAAAACGAAGAGCAGCAGCGAUGGUAGUUCCAACCGAUGAUACGAGAGUACGCGCACGACUACGAGAACUCGGGGAACCUAUUACGCUCUUCGGCGAAGGGCCUUCAGAUCGACGCGAUCGUCUACGUGAAUUUCUGACUGAUUUGGCAGAAAAACAAGGCGAGGGGGAUAUUGAAAUGGAAGAAGCCGAGGCAGAGGAAGAGGGCGAACAACAAGAAGAAUUUUAUACUGCGGGUGGAGACGCGUUGCUCGAAGCGCGGAAGGAUAUUGCCCGCUAUUCUUUGCCGCGCGCAAAGGCACGAGUGGCCAGGCUCAAGGACGAGUCUACAAUUUCACUUCGAACGCAUGUCAAGCAUCGCAAAGCCAUUAAGGAAAAACUACAAGGAUUUGAUCUGUAUGGGUCUCAGAUUGCUGGCGAUCGUCCAGUCAGCAUUUGCCGAUUCUCGCCGGAUGGGCAAACAAUCGCUGCUGGAAACUGGAGUGGUGGAAUCAAAUUGCUCAGCGUACCUAAUCUGGAAGAGAAGGCGAGUUUCAAGGCGCAUACAGACCGAGUGGGUGGUUUGUCAUGGUUUCCUGGCGCCACCUUGCCCGGAUCUAACGUCUCACCAUCAACUGUCAAUUUGAUUUCGGGAGGUGGCGAAGGAAGUCUUAACCUCUGGGCCCUGGAUCAAGAACAGCCCCUUGCUACAUUAUCCGGUCACUCUGGGCGUGUAUGUCGUACCGAGUUCCAUCCUUCGGGUCGGUAUGCGGCAUCAGCCUCUUUCGACACUACAUGGCGCCUGUGGGAUAUUGAAACGACAACUGAGCUGCUCUUGCAAGAAGGCCAUUCGCGAGAAGUCUAUGCAGUGUCAUUCAAUAACGAUGGAUCUCUCGUGGCUAGUGGUGGAUUUGACAGCAAUGGGCGUAUCUGGGAUCUGCGCACCGGGCGCACAGUGAUGAUCCUUGAGGGCCACAUCCGCGAAAUCUACGCUAUGGAUUGGGGCGUUGACGGUCACCGAGUGCUGUCCGGUUCCGGCGAUGGCUGGGUCAAAUGCUGGGAUUUGCGACAAGUGAAGAAUACGGGUGGAAUUGGCGCACACAAGAGUGUGGUCUCAGAUCUCCGCUGGUAUAAAGGUGCGGAAACGGCCUCGUUUUUGCCUUCUACAGAUGGUAGCCAGAUGGAUAUUGAUGGCACCCCAUCAGCCGCAAUGAACAAACCUGCGGAAUGUGUCCAGCCCAAGAAAUCAGGCACAUUCUUUGUGAGCAGUGGAUUUGACAAGAGUGUCAACAUUUUUAGCGCAGAUGAUUGGUCCCUGGUGAAGUCGCUGAGCGGCCACUCGGGCAACGUUCUCAGCACAGACAUCAGUGACGAUACAAAGUGGAUUGCUAGCUGUGGUCAUGAUCGCACAGUGAAGCUUUGGGGCAUUGAAUGA